AGAUAUUAUUAAAUCAAAAACUGCAGAAAGUAUUAAAGGGCGAUUGAAUAGACUCUUGGAAAAGUAUGGCAAAGUGAAGCAAGAAAAUAAUCAAAGUGGAUCAGGACGAGUUGAUUGGAAAUGGAUGGAUAUUAUGGAUAAAAUUUUCAGAUGUCGUGAAAAUAUUUCACCUUCAUAUCUUUCAAAUGAAAAAUCAGAUUAUAUCAGUGAUGAAAUGGAUAAUAAUCAAAAUAUGAAGGGUGAGAAAAAUAAUAGAAAG